AUGGGUUGCAUCAAUUCAAAACCCGCCGAGGCGGACAAGGAUGCCCUUCAGCGGAAUGCCCGCAUAGAUCGAGCGAUCAAAAAUGACAAGAAGACAAUGGACCGGACGAUCAAGAUCUUGCUAUUGGGCGCUGGAGAGUCUGGCAAGUCGACGAUCAUAAAGCAAAUGCGCAUCAUUCACAGUCGAGGCUUCCCCGAGGAAGAGCGUCACACAACACGGGCCGUUAUCUAUUCGAACAUCGUCAUUGCCUUCAAGGUUCUGUUGGAUAUCAUGAACGCCGAAAACAUAGAGUUUGAGCAAGAAAAGACAAAGCUGCUGGCCGAUCUAUUAGACAAGACGGACCCGGACGUGGGCUCGGAUGAAGCCUUCUCCGAUAUGAAGGUCCGGGACGCGAUGAGAGAAAUGUGGCUUGAUGCUGGCGUUCAAAAGGCCGUUGCGCGUGGUCACGAAUUCGCCCUGCAUGAUAAUUUGGUUUACUUCUACGACUCUCUGGAUCGCAUUUUCAAGCCCGGCUGGCUUCCUGAUAACCAGGACAUGUUGCAAGCGCGACUCCGCACAACGGGUAUCACCGAAACCUUGUUUGAGCUUGGGCAGAUGAACUUCCGCAUGAUGGAUGUCGGUGGACAACGGUCAGAACGGAAGAAGUGGAUCCACUGCUUCGAGGGUGUUCAGUGUCUGCUCUUCAUGGUUGCUCUGUCUGGAUACGACCAAUGUCUUGUUGAAGACCAGAACGCGAACCAAAUGCACGAAGCCAUGAUGCUCUUUGAAUCAUUGGUCAAUGGCGAGUGGUUUAAGCGGAAACCCAUCAUCCUUUUCCUCAACAAGAUCGAUCUCUUCAAAGGGAAACUCGCCAUCUCCUCCAUCUCCAAGCAUUUCCCCGACUACACAGGCUCCAACACGGACUUUGAUGCCGCAGCACGGUACUUCUCGGACCGUUUCCGCGGCAUCAACCGAAUCCCAGACCGCGAGAUCUAUAUCCAUUAUACCAACGCCACAGACACCACAUUGCUGAAAGCGACCAUGGAUUCCGUCCAGGACAUGAUCAUUCAGAAGAACCUUCAUACCCUCAUACUAUAA